AUGAUCUCCGAAGAUGAGAUUGCCAAUUACGAAGAUUUUCGAGACUGCGUGUCCGAACUGUUGAUUUCACGACUCUCGGGCACUGCAGGUAAGAAGAAGAAGAAAGCCUCAAAGGGUCGCAAGAAUGAGAUCAAGUCUGUGAAAAGGCCAGAACAGGAUCAAGAAGACAACGAUGCCCUGACUGCUGACCUGGGCGAAACGAUAGAGUAUCUCGCUUCUGAGAUAUUUCCUUCAUUGCCCGAUGAUCUACGAAUCUUGUCGUAUAGUGAUAUUCAGAAUGAUGCUCAGCUGGCUGGAAAGUACAGCGUGCCUCUCGACUCGGAUAUAUACGAGGACUUGUUGCAACCCAUGCCCUUGUCUGUAUCUGACUCGUUGACCUCUUACGGUCUACUUUCUGAUCCGACAGAUCUGCCGCGACUGUUAGAGCCCGUCUUCACAUCGUACAUUACGAGCAGGACUGCCGCACCACCAGAGUUUGCGCCUUCUAGCCGAGCCACCGAGUGCGAGAUCUGUGAGAGGGAGCAUCUGCCCCUCACUUAUCAUCACCUAAUUCCACGAGCGGUGCAUGCCAAGGUUGUCAAGCGUGGUUGGCACGCGAGCUGGGAGUUGAACAAAGUUGCCUGGUUAUGCAGAGCUUGUCACAGUUUUGUGCAUCGGCUUGCGACCAACGAAGAACUGGCCAAGGAGUGGUACAGUAUCGAACUGUUGUUAGAAAGAGACGAUGUCCAGAAGUGGGCAGUGUGGGUCAGCAAGGUGCGAUGGAAAGCGAAGUAG